AUGGAUUUUAAAUCGGAAGAAGUCAACUCACCAGUAUUUGUAUUUGGUGCCAGCAUAGGCUGGAUGUCGCCUAUGACCCUCCUCCUUCAAUCCAAGGACUCACCUAAAGGAGUUCCCCUGACAGAUACAGAGGCUAGUUGGAUUUUGUUACUCCUGUCGCUGGAAACUUGGGCACUGGUGUUGGCUAGAGCUCUGAUAGGAGUGACAAUGGCUGGAUGCUAUGUCACUUGCCCUACAUAUACCAAAGAAAUCAGUGAGGAUAAUAUGCGAGGUGCUUUGGGCUGUUUAAUAAUUCUAUUUCACACAUCAGGAAAUCUAUUUUUAUACAUCAUUGGCGAUAUAUUGAGCUAUCGAACGAUCUUGUGGAUAUGUCUUGCAUUACCAGCAUUCCAUGUCGUAAUUUUUAUGGCAAUGCCUGAAUCACCUUCUUACUUGGUGAAAAAGGGAAAUGAAGAGAGCGACGAAGCAUUCAAAGUUCUUGCUUGGCUUCGUUGUAGAAGAAUGAAUGAACUCAAAAUACAACAGGAGUUGGACAAUAUUAAGAAGGAGCAGAAAAAUGACGAAGGGAGCAACAAAUUCUUGUUCCUGUUGGCCACCACCGCUUUGAUCUCAGGAUUAGGUAUGUGCUCCCUAGCGUCAUGGUUUUUAGCAAGAUCGUAUGAAGCUUAUACUCCCAAUUGGCUUCCUAUUGUAACGCUUUGCAUGUGUAUCUUCUGCGAUUCAGCGGGACUACAACCAGUGUCCGUUGUACUCACGGGAGAAAUAUUUUCUUUUAAGUUCCGUGGAUCAGUGCUCGCUGUUACUAUGGCUACAGCAUCGUUUGUGGACUUUCUGCAGAUCUUAUUUUUCAAGCCCCUUGCGAACUCAAUUGGAAUUUACGUGGCCUUCUAUUUCUUUGGAGGGAUUUGCUUAUUCGCAGUGUUGCACAUGAUCUUUGCGGUUCCAGAAACUAAAUCAAGAACAUUAGAGGAAAUUUAUAAAGACUUGAAAUAA